CGCGCGUGCCCACGUGCCGUGCGGGCACGUGACGGGCCGCGCCGGGCCCUCAGCCUCCGCCGCCGGGGGACGCGGCCUGCGCGCCGGCUUCGGGGCCUCGGAGGCGCUCCCCGCACGCGCGCGCGCCAUGAAGCUGCUGCGGCGCGCGUGGCGGCACCGGACGGCGCUGGGCCUGGGCGGCCUGGCGCUCUGCGGCGCUGGGCUUCUCUACCUGGCCCGCUGCGCCGCCGACGGCCCCCACCCGCUUCCCGGCCGCAGCCCCCCACCUGCCGAGUCCGCGCGCGCCGCCGCCUUCCUGGCCGUGUUGGUGGCCAGCGCGCCGCGGGCGGCCGAACGGCGCAGCGUGGUCCGCGGCACGUGGCUGGCGGCGGCGCGGCGCGGCAGCCCGGGCGACGUGUGGGCGCGCUUCGCGGUGGGCACGGGCGGCCUGGGCGCCGAGGAGCGGCGCGCCCUGGAGCGCGAGCAGGCGCGCCACGGCGACCUGCUCCUACUGCCCGCGCUGCGUGACGCGUACGAGAACCUCACGGCCAAGGUGCUGGCCAUGUUGGCCUGGCUGGACGAGCACGUGGCCUUCGAGUUCGUGCUAAAGGCGGACGACGACUCGUUCGCGCGGCUGGACGCGCUGCUGGCCGAGCUGCGCGCGCGCGACCCCGCGCGUCGCCGCCGCCUCUACUGGGGCUUCUUUUCGGGCCGCGGCCGCGUCAAGCCUGGGGGCCGCUGGCGCGAGGCCGCCUGGCAGCUCUGUGACUACUACCUCCCCUACGCACUGGGCGGCGGCUACGUGCUCUCGGCCGACCUGGUGCACUACCUGCGCCUCAGCCGGGAGUACCUGCGCGCGUGGCACAGCGAGGACGUGUCCCUGGGCGCCUGGCUGGCGCCGGUGGACGUCCAGCGCGAGCACGACCCGCGCUUCGACACCGAGUACAAGUCCCGCGGCUGCAGCAACCAGUAUCUGGUGACGCACAAGCAGAGCCUGGAGGACAUGCUGGAGAAGCACCAGACGCUGACGCGCGAGGGCCGCCUGUGCAAGCAGGAGGUUCAGCUGCGCCUCUCCUACGUCUACGACUGGUCGGCGCCUCCCUCGCAGUGCUGCCAGAGGAAGGAGGGCAUCCCCUGAGCUGCAGCCACAGCUGACCCACCACACGUCACAUGGCGCCGGCGGGAGGCCAGGACAGAUGCCUCAGGAGGUGGCCACCGCAGCGAGAGUCAUUCGGGGUCCUGUGGGGCCGCUGCUGAGGGGCCUCCCACUGGCCUUACACGGGCAAAGCUGGCCGGUUCGGCUAGUUACCCAGAAUGAGUCCAGCCCUCGAGGGGGCCGGGUGUAUUUGGCGACCAGUGGGGUUUUCAGGCAGAUGCCAAGCGGCCCCUAGGUCCCAGCUCUGGUGGGCACCCAGGCCUGUGCACCCCCGUGGCCGCCAUGGGGCCUCACUCCAGACCGCGUCUUGUUCCGCGUCUGGGAGACCCGUGGGUCUUGCCCGGGUGACACAUAAUGUCCAGGUGGCAGUGUCCUGUCCCAGGAUCUCAGCCAGCGUGGGCCUGGACUGGGAAGAUGCCCAGCUUUGAGCGUGACGGCAGACAGCAGGGGCUUGCAGCCCCAGCCCAGCCUGCGCACCUGCUGUCUUCUCUCCAGGUGGAGGAGAGCAGCCAGAGGCUGGAGCCGACCGGCACUUGCGGACCCUGGCCCCAAAACACGAAUCUGGACUUGUUCGGGGUUGGGGACUAUGUCUCGUCCCGCAUCCUGUGUUGACCGUCCACCUAGGAAAUCGCCACACCAAGAGCUGUGGCUAUAGGGAGGGGACCCUCGGGCUCUUGCAUGUUGCAGCUUUGUGUUGCACCCAGUGGCUUUUAUCAAAAUCGCCCUAGAUUUAUUGAGUUAGGUUACCUUUUAUGUUCCAUGUUGGUGUCAUUUGUCAUGUGGCAGUCUAAGAUUUAACUGUGUGUUUUGUUAUUUAGCUUCAAUGGUAUUUUGGUCUGUGUUGCUUUGGAGUGAAUCCGUGAUAAAUGUAAUUCAGCACUAGUCUGUGACUUAUAAAUAUCGUAAAUUUGUGUAGAUAAGAAUUUAAGUUAGGAGUGUGUGGGUCUCCGUAUUUUUUAAAUUAUUUAAGGGAAGACUUUUCUAUCAGAACUUGGGCUUUGUGGAUUUAUCUGUUUUUACAGCUCGGGUUGUAGACUUGUUACUGCCUGUGUGUUUAAAUGUGGAAGAAUUCUAAAACUGUCCAUUUCUCUUUACAGUUUACACAAAAGUCAGUCCCAUUGUCUCUUUCUGAAAAGACUUUCCUUUUAAGGCUUCCUCGCGGCCAUGCAGGGGCAAGUGUUUCUCACACACACAUCUGUUAUGUUAGACUCUGGGCCCAAGUUCCAGGAAUCUGAGCCCUUGGAAGCAUCGGUGAGGUUUCCCACAUUCUGUCUUAAGAAAACAGGCUCUGCUGGCUGGCGUGACCUUUUGGAGACAGAAAAGCAUUCACGCGCACCCUCCUGGCUGAUCACCUCUCAUACCUAACACAUCCUCAGAAGAUCAGGGUUCUUUUCUCCCCAUUAAAUGUGAAAAGUGAGUGCUGUGGUCAUCACAAAAGUGAAAUAAAGAGGCUCCAGGACAGCCGUGAGCCCUUCUGUGAGCCCAGCGGUGUGUGAUGCUGCACGUUCUUAUUCUGGAAUCUGGGUUGGGUCGCCUGGCGAUGCUGCUGAUGUCUGUGGCCCACUUUGGGGCAGAUGCAGAUGCGGGGAGCAAAUCUCUGACUUGCCUUUGUAUUGCCUUUCCUUUGUGUUCUCAGACCGUGGAAUUUAGGAGCGGGUGUCCUGGUGCUCUUGGGCUGCCGUAACAACCCCGCAGACAAGCUGGCUUAAGCAGCAGACGUGUCCUCACAGUUCUGGAGGCUGGCAGUCAGCUCAGAGUGCUCGCAGGGCCGCGUGCUGCUGAGGACCCUCUUCCUGCUGCAGGGGACCACCUUCUCGCUGCGUCCUUGGCACAAGAGAGAGCCAGAGCAAGCUCUCUGAUGUCUCUUUUUACAAGGACACUAAUCCCACCAGACGGCCCACCCUCAUGGCCUCAUCUAACACCAGCACCAAAUACCAUCACAUUGGGGGUUAAAGCUUCAAUCUAAGUUUUGGGGGACACAAUCAUCCUAACAGCAGGCCUGGGUUAUUUGUGUUUAAAGGUAGAAGAGUGCCCAGAAUUUGGAGUCUCGGGCCAGAAGGAAGGGAGGAUGGUCUUGUGAUUGCAAUUCUCCUGCCUUUAGAAGGUAGAAGCUGGGCCAGAGAGGUCCCAAGAUGUGACAGAGUUCUGAUUAUAAGGUGAAUGUGGGCUUUCUUAUCGGGCGCCUCGAGGCAGGCCUGACUGCCCCUGUGAACGCGUUUCCAAGACAAGGACUCAUGAGAGGGUCCAGGUUUGGGGACACUGAGGUGAGCAGAAUGGGACCCUGCCAACUGGGGGCAGGUUCCCAAGGGAUGCUGAGAACGGUGGGGCCUGGUUCCUGCUGGCCGUUUUCACCCGGAUGUCUUGUCUGGACGUCGGGAUCGCUGGAGUUGGCACGUGCACGUCUCCGUUUUUCAGACAAGGAGACAGUGCUUGGACAGACCAGACAGCUUGCUGGGGCCACAUGCAUCAGUGGCAGAGCCCGGAUCCCACCCAAAGGCUGGACCUCCACAUCCCUGCCCAGCAUCUGCAGUCCUGCUGUAGCUUCCGGGUUUCUCUGGAGUGGACCCCAUGGAAAGCAUGGCACCAAUGUCCAAGACCUCCUAGUAAAAAAUCUAAAAAUCGAGGCAUGUCUCUUUGGAGGAGCGGGGGAGGGUCCCUGAGCGUUAGCACUCAGUUGAAUCACAUGAAAGUGCCCAUAUGCAGCCAGGUUUGACAAAAAUGGAAAGUUCAUAUUGUUCAAAGUAAAUCAUUAAAUUUCAAAACAGAACAAACCA